CCGGGGACGGGCCCAUAGGGAGGAGGAGGCGAGAAGAUGGAGGACGACCCCUGCGCUGCUGAUAGGAACGUGGAGAUCUGGAAGAUCAAGAAGCUCAUUAAGAGCUUGGAGGCGGCCCGCGGCAAUGGCACAAGCACGAUAUCAUUGAUCAUUCCUCCCAAAGACCAGAUUUCACAAGUGGCAAAAAUGUUAGCAGACGAAUUUGGAAUUGCAUCUGACAUUAAGUCACGAGUAAACCGCCUUUCAGUUCUGGGAGCCAUUACAUCUGUACAACAGAGACUUAAGCUUUAUAACAAAGUACCUCCAAAUGGUCCGGUUGUUUACUGUGGAACAAUUGUAACAGAAGAAGGAAAGGAAAAGAAAGUCGGCAUUGACUUUGAACUCAAACCAAUUAAUACAUCUUUAUAUUUAUGUGACAACAAAUUCUAUACAGAGGCUCUUACAGCACUACUUUCAGAUGACAGCAAGUUUGGCUUUAUUGUAAUAGAUGGCAGUAGUACUCUUUUUGACACACUACAAGGAAACACAAGAGAAGUACUGCACAAAUUCACUGUGGAUCUUCCAAAGAAACAUGGCAGAGGAUGUCAGUCAGCCUUGCGUUUUGCCCGUUUAAGAAUGGAAAAGCGACAUAACUAUGUUCGGAAAGUAGCAGAGACUGCUGAGCAGCUGUUUAUUUCUGCGGAUACAGUGAAUAUGGCUGGUCUCAUUUUAGCUGGUUUGGCUGACUUUAAAACUGAAUUAAGUCAAUCUGAUAUGUUUGAUCAGAGGUUGCAAUCAAAACUUUUAAAAUUAGUUGAUAUUUCCUGUGGUGAUGAAAAUGGAUUCAACCAAGCUAUUGAGUUAUCUACUGAAGUCCUCUCCGACGUGAAGUUCAUUCAAGAGAAGAAAUUAAUAGGGCGAUACUUUGAUGAAGUUAGCCAGGACACAGGCAAGUACUGCUUUGGAGUUGAAGAUACACUAAAGGCUUUGGAAAUGGGAGCUGUAGAAAUUCUAAUAGUCUAUGAAAAUCUGGAUAUAAUGAGAUAUGUUCUUCAUUGCCAAGGCACAGAAGAGGAGAAAAUUCUCUAUUUAACUCCAGAACAAGAGAAGGAUAAAUCUCACUUCACAGACAAAGAGACUGGACAGGAACAUGAGCUGAUUGAGAGCAUGCCCCUCUUGGAAUGGUUUGCUAACAACGAUAAAAAAUUUGGAGCUACAUUAGAAAUUGUCACAGAUAAGUCACGAGAAGGAUCCCAAUUUGUGAAAGGAUUUGGUGGACUUGGAGGUAUCUUGCAGUACCGAGUAGAUUUCCAGGGAAUGGAAUACCAAAGAGGAGAUGAUGAAUUUUUUGACCUUGAUGACUACUAGGUAGUCGACAUGGGUCCGGCAAAUCGUGCCUCACCCUCCAGCAUCCAACCCAAGGAGCAUACCCGUGGUGGAAUCCAAACAGAUCCCUGCCUUACAAUUGGAACAUUUCCAGAACUCAAUCCAUGAGCAUUGGAUACUGAAAAGAAAAGUGAAACAAAACCAGACCCAACCCACACUUUGGUUUGUCAUGGUAUCAGCUCAGCAGCCU